AAAUGAGACGGUAUAUUUAUGAGGGUCAGACCGUGUUUGCAGCAUGCUGCACACUGCAUGCUUGAGUUUUCGUGUCUAUUUUCCUUUAAAAGUUGAAUAAUUUCGUCAGAACGUGAACAAUUGUUGAAUUAAAAGCGUUAUCGUAAAGUCUGUUCUGUGCACCAAAAGCUAUCGCAUUUUGGCCAAGUUCAAGUGGCGGAUGUGCCUAAACGGCGGCAGAAACUAUUCAGGGAUAGGCGUGCACAUGCCGUUGGUGUAAGAACUCAGUGUUGUUGCGAAAAUUACACCUAAACAGCCAGUUGCAAAGUACAUAGCAGUGUCCUGAGUGAAUUCGUGAAAAUGAAUGAUCCGGGAUUGGGUCCACCGCCGAAAAUGGCCGAUCCUAACCAUGCAAGUCCCAGCAGCAAAGUUCUGUCGCUGCCGACGCCUCCGUCGCAGUCGCCAGCUGUGGGAAGUGCAACUCUGCCCAAACGCAUUAUCAAAAGAAUACCUUUGGAUUUCAACAAACUUCAGCAGUCCGGCUUGGACAUAAAGCUGGCGGAAGCCUUGCGAAAGCAAACCACAUCCGCAAUGCCCACAUCGAUCCCUUUUUCAGCUCCUGCUACCGCUACUGCUGCUUCUACUGUUGCAACAACAUCAACUGCGCAGUCAACAGGGGCGAAGCCCACUGCCGUCGCUGCAGUCGCAGCCGCCUCAAUUGAACAAAAGCAAAAAUCAGCUCCACCAGCUAAAAAAAGGCGAUCCAACAUCUCGAAUUACAUUGAAAAAGUGAUACCCGAACAAAUUGUGGCCGAACGGACGCAGCAUGUCAAGACCCUGAUCAAGAACCGGAUUCUGAACAAGGGCAAGUCGACGAUCACGACCACGACCACGCUGAACCAUCCAAAGACAUCAACAGGCACAAUGACGGCACCAAAGGUGUCACCAUCCUCUGCCCUGGGGUCAGGGAUGUCGUCAAGUGUCUUUGUGUCGCCCAUAGCCAAGGCGAAUGUGACAGCACGGUCGAAGCAGCCGCCGCUGCUUCUGAAUUUGGUCAAUCAGUUGCCCAAGCAUCGAGCCAUGUGCGUGCCCAGCAUGCAACAGCUGAGCAGGCAGCAGGAACCACAGGAACCUCAGGAACCACAGCCACAGCCGCAGUGGCAGGCGCCACUGAUCCACAAGGCCCCAUCGCCACCGCUGAUUGUGUUGGAGAACAAGGUGCUGACGCCCGAGGAGAAGAUCGAUUUGAGUGAUCUGCGCCUGCCUAGCGCUGCUGCACAGGGCAGACCUCAGGGGAGGCCAGUGCCAGAGAUGGCCCGACGGGCGCAGGCCUAUCCCAGUCCCAGCUCAUCCAAGGCCGCCAAGACCAAGGUGAUUCUGAGUGCCAACAAGCUGAAGGUGUCGCGGGAGAAGCUCGCCGAGAUGGCCAAAGAGAUACACAACCAGGUUAAGCAGGUGGAAAAGCCACCAGUUCCUGACAAAGUGUCCCCAAGUAAAGUGCCCGAAACCCCAGAUGAAGUUAGUCCUAUUCUUGUCAGUUUAUCACCGUCCCCAUCUCCACUCUCUGUGCCGUCACCGCCUCAUAGUCCUGCUCCAGCUCCGGCUCCAAAAUUACUCUCUGCUGUGGAUUUUAUAACCCAACUGGCCGCCGAAAAUCCGAUGGGUGAGGGCAGCUUCACAGAACUGUCGCUAGAAGAGCAAGUGCUGAAUGCUCUCUUCGACUCCAGAGGUUGCAGCAGACGGCCCUCUGUCGAGGAGAAGCCACCAGAAUCGCCGGUGCAGAAGAGCCAGGACACCAGAGAGCCCGAGGAAGAGUUGCCGAUUGGAAAGAUUUUGAAGCUGGAGGAAAUGGACAUACUGCACGCCACAUUGGAUGUGAAUGAGGAUAGGGAGAGUGUCCUGCGGUUCAGUCCGAAUGCGAUAAAGCUGCAGAAUAGCGCGGUGGCACGCAGGGACCCACCAGAAGCCAACAUGAGGCUCAUUUUAAAGCAGCCAAAUCUGGUCCAGCCGAGUUUAGCUCCUAGUAAUGUCUCCAAAGAUGGGGCCGCAAUGGCAGUGGAAACAAACAAAGAAAUGUCCCAAGACGCAGCAGGAAUGGCAGAGAAAACAGUCAGUCAACUGGCCAAAGAUGUAGCGGGAACGGCGGAGAAAACAGCCAGUCAACUGCCCAAAGAUGUAGCGGGAGUGGCGGAGAAAACAGCCAGGGAAAUGUCCAAAGAUGAAGCUGGAAUGACGGAGAAAACAGUCAGGGAAAUGUCCAAAGAUGUAGCGGGAAUGGCAGGGAAAACAGCCAGGGAAAUGUCCAAAGAUGAAGCUGGAAUGACGGAGAAAACCGCCAGGGAAAUGUCCAAAGAUGAAGCAGGAAUAUCGGCAACAGAAGCCAGCAGUGUACCUCAACUCCAGUCAAGCCCAGCUCCAGAGGCAGCCGCCAGCAAGGAAAGGGAGGACAAGCCGCCACUACCACCGGCCAAGCGGGUGCCAAGGUUUAAAAAGGGAAAAGUUAAUUUAGUCCAACGCUCGAAGCGAGCCAAUCUACCCAAACCAAAAGAGGCUCUGCCUGACAAGGAGGUGGAGAAGGAGGAGGAGGAACCCACAAUAGAUCAGAGUUUACUCGAGGACAGGCGAGAAGUCGAGGUAAUUAAACAAGCGGAUGAUAGCAUAACAGGUAAAGAGAAAGUAAACGUUCAUUUAUCUAUUGCUAAAAACAAUCUGCAGGCCCAUGCAGAUGACGGGGAGGGGGAGAGUGUAGCCAGGGAAGCAAACAAAGAAGAACAGUCCAAGAAAUCAGAUCCCGAACAGAUACUAGUCAUCAAAGGACCGGAGGAGCUGGAAGCACGAGAGGACUCGGCACCAAAACCCUCAACAGAACGUGAUCUCAACCAGCUCUAUCAUCCACCAAAAAUGCCAAAGAAUAAAGAACAAAGAACAAGUAAACCGAACAACAACGAAGAUCAACCAGAACCUGCCGCAACGAGCAGCAGCAAUGUGUCCCUCCUGUUGGAUGUCCUCAAUCAGGAGCCACCGGCAGCACAGGGUGAAGCCCUGCUACCAUUUCGCAAGCAGCCCCAGUCCCAGUCCCUGUCUGAGACCCCAUCCCAGUCCAGUGAGUCCACUGGAAUCCAGAAUUUAGUGAGCCAUUUGUCGGCAGAGAAGAUCAUGCCGCAGAUCAAGAGAGUUUCACCCAACCCUACUCCCAGUUCCAACCAGCCAGUACCCCGCAAGAAACUAGUUAAGACACGACCUGUACUCAACAAAAGACCACCACGUUUCGGUUCCAUGGGAUCUGGACACCCGAUCAGUGUUAGCGGAGAAGUAGGAGGAGCAGGAGCAGCAGCAGGACGCAUCGCCACUUCCAGCACCAGCGAUGAUGAUGGAUCCGUGUUCCUGGGCUUUGACAACAAAGAGGAGUCUCAAACUGUCGAAGAUGCCGUCCUCCAGCAUGUCAAACAAAUGCCGUUCAACGAAACGGAUAUCAGUGAUGAUGCCACGCCAGACUACGACGAGACAGAGGAGGAACAACAGGAGACCCACAAGAAAUCAUCCAAUGAAGGCACCAAGGACUUAAGCGAAACAGAAGCCUCGGACAGUAGGUCCAAUGCUAGCCCGAUGCACUUUGAAACACUUCCUUCAACGGACGUGGUGGAAGCAUGCAAAGAAGAUGCCCCAAAAUGUGAAGCUGCACCGGAAAUGUGUACGAAACAAGACAUGAAUGUGCCACCUGAUCCCCAGAUACAAUCGGAUGCCAUUACCCCUGCAAAUGAAGGCUCAUCGGAGACACCAAUCAUCGAAGAAAGUCCAGAAAUAACUGCAUUUGCAGAAGGAAGUAAAAGCGAAAAGGAACAAGAUUCCAGUGAAUCAAAAACCAACCAGAUGGAACCAGACUUCCAGGAGACUGCAACAAUAGAGGAUGAACCACCGUCGGUGGAGGCGAAAGGCAAGCUUAAGCCACGAGGCAGACCAAAAAAGGCAACCACUUCAUCACCAGCCAUGGCUACGACUAAGGCUAAUUGUACAGAAAAGCCCGAGAACACUACCUCAGAUGUAACCAAUGAAGCAGCCACAUCGGCCAGUGCCAAAAGAAAGCGCGCAUCUAGAAGUCAUUCCCCCCAGUCGGUCGAGCCCAAUGAUGCGGCAGAGCCCCCACAGUCGGUGGCAGAUGGCACGCCAUCAGUGAGCUCCAAUCGGAAGCGACAAUCGAGGCUCAGUUCCCCCACAGCAACGCCCAAAGUGCCGGCCAAGAGAGGCAGGAAAAGUCUAGCUGCUGUGGCUGAAGCAGCUCGAACAACGACGCCAACGCCUGAGACUCGAGGUAAAUUGCAGGAGGAGGAGAAGGACAAGGCCGUAGAGGCAACGCCAGCGAGGAAAAGAGGUCGACCCAAGCAAGCCACGAAAUUGGAUUCCGAGGAGCAGGAUGUGGCAAGCAAUGGGGAGGCCACACCAAACACAAAAGAUGCCUUCCCAAUGCGCCUGUUGCUCAUCCGCAAGCGAGAACAGCUGGGCACCAACGAAGAACUCCAUCAGGAGAGCCAAGGAAAGGGACCCCUCCAGUGUGGCCUGUGCCUGUUCCGCACCACCAAAGCCCAGUGGCACACACAUCUGAGGCAGCACUACGGUGUGGGUUGGGUCCUCACUGAAGAAGAGCCGCAGCAGCGGACUCUUUCGCGACAAGAUGUUCUGAAAAUGAUGAAAGGCCACCUCAAAGAUGGCCACUCCACGUACUUAGUCUGUCGCCUCUGUGAUCGCCAGCUGGGCUCUGGCCUGGGCAUGUUGACGCACCUGGAAGCCUGUGGGGACAAAGAUCGCCCGCAGUGCCAGUACUGUAAGCGCAGCUACACGAAGCUCUAUCUCCGCAGCCAUGAGCCAUCCUGUCGACAACGUCCCAAUGCCCAGCAGAAGCAGGAGAACGAGGAUAGACCAGAGGCAGAGGCAGACACCACAGCUGCCGUAGCAAGCGAAAGCAAGCCAAAAUCCGAUAGUCCAUCGCCCUUCUGUAAUGCAGAUUGGAUUAAGCGUCUGAUGCUCAUCCGCAAGCGGGAACAGCUGGACUCCAACGAAGAGCUCCAUGAAAAGGGCGAAGAGAAGGGACCCCUCCAGUGUGGCCUGUGCCUGGCCCACACCACCAAGGACCAGUGGCACACGCAUCUGAGGAAGCACUACGGCGUGGGCUGGCAGACAGGAAAAGAGCCACAGACCCUCACCCGCCAAAGUGUGCUCGGGAUGAUGAUUGCUUUCCUCAAGCAAGGCCAUGCGAAGCAUUUGGAGUGUCGCAUGUGCGGCCGCCAGUUGGGCUCCGGCCUGGGCAUGUUGAUGCAUCUGGAGACGUGUGGCAGCAACGAUCGGCUGGAGUGCCAGCACUGCAAGCGCAGCUACACGCGGCUCUAUCAUCCCGCGCAUGAGAAAACCUGUAGGAAGCGGCCUGGCAUCCAGCAGAAGGACGAGCCAGCAGCCGCAGCCGCAGCCGGAGCAGAAGCCACUGGCCCGGUAUACACGAAUGCUGGCUAUGCCAAGCGCAAGUCCACCAUCAGAGCCGAAAACAAGUUGAAGAAAAUUGAGGCCGAACUGAAAACCCAAGAAACGAAUGACAAUCCGAAAGGCGAUUUUGAAGGCGAUUCAUCCGACUACGACAUGAACAAAGACAAAGAGUCCUCGGAGGAAUACGAUACAGAAGCGGUCGAUUCCAAUGAGGAUGCUGCACAGACAGAGGACGAUGUCAGCGCCAGUGAUACGCGCAAAUCGAAGCUGAUUAAACGCACCAAGCGAACGAAGACGGACGGUGGGAAUAGCAUGCGGAGUAACAAGCUAACGGGAGGAGCUAAUUGUCAGCCAUUGUUCUCCCGCUAUGCCAAGCUGAAGGAAAAGGUGGAACAAAAGUGGAAUCAAUUCACCGAUAAAAACUAUGCUGCAGAGGCCUUGUAUCCACAGCUGACACCAGGCUAUGUUAAACUCUCGCCGGAAGAGGCCAUCAAACUAUUGCCUGCCAAGGAUAACCGAUCCAUGCGCUAUUCAUACGGUAAUGCUGCAAAUGCAGACGAUUGGCGACAGCUGGAACCGCUAGAGAGCUUCCAGACAGCCGAUGAGCAUAUUGGCUAUUUGGGAGCACCCGUCAAACAACUUGCCUGGGCACCCCUGCCGCCGACGGUCGCCGAGCAGUAUUUGCUGUGCUCCCUCCGCAAAGAGAUGCUGGAGCAUGCGAAGCACAAGCCGGAGGCGCCGGAGAAUGACGUGUUAAUGCUGCUCAAGUGUCAGCUGUCGGAAAGCGAGGAGCGGCGAGGCGUGUGGCCCCUGGAAACACGCCUGCACUAUGCGAUACGUGUGCCCAGUGGGCCCGUUCAUAGCUUUGCAUUUAUGCCCAGCGGCGGGUAUGAUAAGUCGGCCAAUCGUUUGGGUCUGCUGGCGGUGGCUAGUACUCAGAGCGAUGUGAAUAUCUAUUCCCUGCCCCUGAACCUGGAAGAUGAGGCAAAGGGGCAUGUGGUUAUUGAAUUGCAGCCAUCGCUGACCCUCACCUUGGAUGUGAAUAAUCCUGUUACGGAUCUGUGCACUAAAAUCUGUUGGUCUGAGGCCUCUGGUCACAAUUUCCUGGCGACUGGCUAUUUCAGAGGCAACGUUGCCUUCUGGGAUAUUUCUGAUGAGGAGGGCAUCAAUUGCUUCAAACGGAACGGUCACAUACAUUUUGUGCCUUUGCAUUAUUUCUACUUUGGCGAACACAAUAUACAAACUGUGGAGCUUCACUACGAUACAAAUGGACCUCGUUGGCUGGCCAUUGGCUCUUCAACGCGUAAAUUAUGGAUCUAUGAUAUCAUCAACUGGACGCAGCCGCUGCCCCUGAACGAAGACUCCAUCGCCAAUCUGUAUCUGGCCAACGUUAGCUGGCCACCCAUCUGGGAAACGCUGGUCGUUGGCUGCAGUGAUGUCCAGCGACGCUUCUACUCCCGCUUGAUAACGCUCAGUCCAACGGGCAUCUUGUUUAACAAUAAAACCGUCGACUACACGGUUAGCUCUGCGCGAGCCAUGCACUUCAAUGUGCGUGAGAAUGUACUAGUGGUGGGCACCGACAACGGCGAUUUGGUGUUUCUCAAUACCCGAGAGCUCAACGCGGAGCCCAUACUGCUGAAGAUGACGAGCAAAUGUCGUGCCGUGUCCAGCAGCAAUCUGUGCAACCUGAACACGGAAUCGACCCCUGCUCCGGAUAAACCAAUAACUACCGAGGACUUUCUACAGGAUUUUGGCUUGAACGUCAAGCCGUUGGCUGGGGUGGGCAAAUCGCAGAAAAAUGCCUACAUCGAUCCGAAGCGACUGCCCAAACCCUACGAGCUUUUGGCCAUGACGCGUUUGAACACGGUUCGCUGCAAUUGGAACAGCCCCGCCCGCAGUUGGGUCGCCGUUGGGGCCGAGCACGGUCUACUGCGGAUCGUUCAUUUCGAUCGCGAUAAGUUCUUUUAGCGGCACAUCCUAGGGUACAUAAUAUCUCCUAUGUAUAAUAGACAGAGAUCUGAGAGUAUAUUACUUUCUGAUUGAUUUGUUUAGCUAGUUUUACAAUGCACUCGAUGGAUAAUCAUAGUUGUAAUUUAAUUAUAGCUCUUGUUAAAUUGUAUAUUUCCUAUAUAUUUUAUAUGGAUUAGAUAUUUAUACCUUUAACCUGCUUGGCAAAACUAAUUAUAAAAUAAAUAUAUUUUUUACAAUAUUUAUAACCCAUUAA